AACUUUUUUAAGCAAAUGUUCUCCAUCCAUGGUCUAAAAGAAGAUCAUUAUAUACCUUUGGCUUUCUUCUUAUUGCCAAAUAAACAAAAACAUACAUAUACACUGGCACUUAAAUACUUAAUAGAACAAGUUGAGAAAUGCAAUAAAAAACUCGCUUUAAGAACGGUAUUUGCAGAUUUUGAAGAAGCAAUUCAGCAAAGUGUCACUGAAGUUUGGACUAAUGUUUCAUUGAAGGGCUGCCGAUUCCAUUUAGGACAAUCCUGGUGGCGCAAAAUUCAGGCACUAGGUUUAACAUCCUUAUACAAAGACAAAGAGAGUGAUGUAGGAAAAUAUUUAACAUACUGCUUUGGAAUGCCAUUUCUCAACCCAGAAGAUGUAGGAGAUUGUUUUGUUGAAGUUUUAUCAUCAAUACAGCCACAAAAUCAUAGAAUAGUAGAAUGUGCGGACUAUCUGGUCGAUAAUUAUGUCUCAGAAUCGGCUAAGUUUACGCCAGAAAUAUGGGCGGAGAUGUCAAGCAGUUUACAACGGACGACGAACGCAUGUGAGAGUUUUCAUUCCAGGUUUAACUCGUCAUUUUAUUUGGCUCAUCCUCAUAUUUUCCAAUUUUUAACAGUUUUAAUAGGCUUUCAAAGUGAAACGUAUGUUAAAAUUAGAAGUGUACAAAAAAAAGUAAAAAAAUUAUUCUGCACAAACCCUUACAUCAAAAAAAUUUGUAGAUGAACAAAUUUUAAAAUUAAAUAAUAGAUUAAUAUCAAAAUUUGAUUACCUACCUCAAAAGUGUAGGUGAAAAAUUUAGAAUAGUUAAAUAAAUGAAUUAGCAUGUAAUUCUAGCUUAUAUUGCUUUUUGUAAAUAUUGUAGGCAUACAUUUUGGUAAUAAAA